AUGCCGGAUGUACUGUGCUGUGCGGAUUGUGGGCAGGUGUUUGAGUUGAAUCGCAUUACUGCUUUUGUGGAACAUAAAGUGAAAGGUUGUUAUAAACGCCCUUCCUCCUUGAAUUCACUAAUCCAAUGUGCUUAUUGCAACUUCAUCUUUAUGCUCCCCCUUGAUCUUAUUGCACAUGUUCAAUCUGUUCACAAUGUUCCUGUAAUAAAAAUGCAUGAAAAUGAAGCAGACAGUGAUACUUUAACAAAGCCGCAGUGUUGCAAUACUGUUGAUGAAGCAUACUCCAGUGCGACUUCAAAUGGGAGUACCGCCAACAUUAAUGAUGCGUACGAGGCGUGUCACCCCAUGAGCGCCUCCGUAGAUCGUACUCCUGACAAUUAUGGAUCGAUUGAAACAAAUGAGGUCAACUGCGAAGAAAAUCAGUCCUCAAUCGGUCGCAUUCGGAAGACGUGUUGCCUGGUUGAUGGAGGCUCUCCAUGCGAGCAGAUAACCUCUUGUCCUAUACUUGCCUCCUACACAUCUGGUCCCGGUUCAUGCCCGAUGUCGACGGAUUUCAGUAAUGAUAAAAUCAACAGUUCAGUCAGCAGAAGCCCCGAUGGACAAUUAUCCCGUUCAGACGCACCAUUCACUUGUGAAUAUUGCUCUAGUUCCUUCAAGCAGAAAAUACAUUUAAAAAAACAUCUCAUGUCAACGCAUCUACGGCAAAAACCUUUCAAAUGUAACACAUGUGGCUACGCGACAGUGGAACGAAGCCACUUGAAGAUUCAUGUCAGAAGACAUACAGGCGAGCGGCCGUUCGCGUGCAUGUUGUGCAGUUACAGAGCAGCUCAAAACGUUACCUUAAAAAGGCACUGUCUGAAAAAACACCAAAGCACAUUUAUUGGUUGUUCCUCCUGUGGGACGCAAUGUGUCACAUUAACGGAACUAGAAAAUCAUAAAAAGCUAAGGAAAAGCUUGGAUCUAUACAUGCGAUCGGAGGAGGAUUUAGUAACGACGAUACACCAGAAAAGCUCCGGUUCAGUUAAUAAAUACGUCCUUAUACUGUUGAUUGUAUUGGACUUAUUAUGGUCUACGUGCAAUUAG